AUGCGCGUGGGCGACAUCAUCGCCGUGGCGGUGGGCAUCCGGGAGGAAGUGGGCGCGAGCGAGGGUGGCUCCUCGCAGUCCAGUGCAGGCGAGCUGGCGGGCAAGGACAUCCCCCCGCCACCCGCGCCGCCCAGGGAUUUCGACGAGAAGAACCCCGACGUCAUCCCGCUAUCAGACUCGGACUCGUGGAACGUAGAGGCCGUGAGGACCAUCAGCACAGCCUCGCUGCCCGCGUCCUACGCCACGCUGCCCAGGGCCUCCCGCGGCUGCACGCACGACGGCUUCCAGAACUGUGGCGGCGACGCGGCCUACACGGAGUUCCUGCUGGGUGGCGCCGUGACCACGCCCACGCCCCACCCACGCCACCCGCAUGCAGCCGCCACUCUUGUGCGUCCAUGUCGAGCCUCCCACUACUCUGCAGCUCAUCAGACGCCCCUUUACCCUCAUCCUCAGCCCACCUCGGCCACUGCCACGCCCACGAAGAGCCACCACCAGCCACUGGGGGCGUCCAUGCAUUCGGUGCACCACCCUCUGCCUGGGGGCCGGCCACCGGCGGGGCACGACCCCUGGCCCGCCGCGUCCGCCCUCGUCCGGAGGCACUCGCUCCGCGGGGACCCGUACCCGCGCGACCCCGAGGCCAGCGUGCCCCUCAUGGCGGCUGCUGACGUCGACGGAGCCGCGCCGCCGUGUCGGGCCUCGCGCGAGUCGAUUAUCGCUACGGUCGGAUCGCUUGUGGCUCCCAGGCAGCCGGAGGUCGCGGCGCCGGGCGACAGCGAGGCCAGCGUGCCCCUCAUGGCCACGCAGAAGGAGAGCUCGGUCUAAGAGUCAACACUUCAGGUAUAGAAGGAGCGAGGGUUUUGUUCCUCCCAGGGUCAAGCAAGCUGAAGUGUCCUAUAGGAGAUCAAUACAACCCCAUUCACAAGGACAAACUUUCGUACACAGUCUGAUGGAAAAUUACUUGUGUUCUCCAGCUUCCCGAAGAAAGAUGAUUUUCUCUAUUCGGAAACGUUAUGUCAGUAGGCUUUUCUGGUAAGUAUUUUUUCUGUGUUAGAGGAAAUAGGA